CUCUUGAAUGCAACUCCGCGGCGGCUGUUUACUUCCUGUUUAUAUACAGUCUAUGUUUACCUCACGAUGGUGUCCGUAGUGGACCUGCUGAGUCUCCUGCUGGUGUCGGUGCUGUGGGGCUGCACCAACCCGUUCCUGAAGAGAGGCUCCCGGGGGAUAGAGACCGUGACAGGGGCCAACAGAGCGUCUCAGCUGCUGGCCGAGGUCAAGUUUCUGUUCCUCAACACCAAGUACCUGGUCCCCUUUCUUCUGAACCAGAGCGGCUCGUUGGUCUACUACUACACACUUUCCACCUCAGAGUUAUCACUUGUUGUUCCUGUGGCCAACUCUCUCACAUUCCUCUGCACUCUGCUGACUGGCAAGUUACUCGGUGAAGAGUUUGGAGGCAAACAGGCUGUCGCAGGAAUGUUUCUCACCAUGGCCGGGAUCACUCUGUGUGUCAUAAGCUCCAUCAAGGACAAAGACACUGGGAAGCAGGAUAUGACCGAGUCUCUGCUCUGACAGAGAUCAGGAGGACUGAAGCACAUUCUUCCGAAUAUUCGGCAGGGAAUGAAAGUAGAGAGUUAGAGCGGGACUUGAGCUGGCGAUUUAGAUUCAGGCAAUGUCUCCUUAGAGAAACGGCUCUGUUGAAUUGUGCCAAAAUGAACUCGGUGUGAGCUUCAGAAGACCUGGUCUGAGACUCUCACACCAAGUUGGAAGGGGAAAUGAGUUCACGUAGAGUUCACCCCAGAGCUAGAUUAGAUUUAUGGCUCUCACAUAGAAAUCAGUGGUCGUUAACGUUGACUUUUAAGCACCCUGCUGUCCCGCCGUGGGACUGGCAUCUGCAGAAAAAUAGAGAACACGUUCAAAUAAGUCUGGGGUUUAAAAUGGUGUAAGUCACCUCCUGGUUUCUGUGGGACAUUUGAUGAUUGGCAGGGGGAUAAUGCUGUUUUUCCUUGUAAAUGUGAUGUAUUACUGAGGUAGAUUCAGUGAAGCAGUAAUGAAGGACUUAGUUGCUCUAAGUGUGAGUGAACCUUGUUUGCCCUUUCAACCAUUCUGGACAUGUUGUACAGUAUUCAGAAAUAAUUCACAUGCUUAGUAAUAUAUUGUAUAUUUUAUUGUCAUGGUAUUUAAUUCACACAGAGCACUGUACAGAUGACUUGUCAUUGUUGCAUCUAUUCAGCUUGUCACGUAGCUGAUAUUUUAUUAAGAAAUUGUUGGCAAAACAUGAUUAUUCGCCUUCGUUGUAUGAAUGUACAUAUUGUAAAUGGAAUAAAUGUAUACGGGUAUUCGAAAAACAAAAA